AUGUACAAGUUUCGACGGUCCAUGAAGAGCGACAAGCACGACUCGGCCAAGCCCGUGCAGGUCUCCGUGGCCCAGAAGGACGCCAUAGCGAUCGAGCCGCCGAAGAAAGUACGCUCACCGCCUCGAGUCUAAGACAUGGAGAGAGACUGACCCACUUGUGUUCCCAGGUCAUCAAGGCUAUAUACGACCACACUGCCCCCGCCGACUCCGACAUGUACCUCUCCUUCUCCGCCGGCGAUUUCCUUCACGUCGUAGGCCGCGAACAAGAUACGGACUGGUACGAGGCGUGCAACCCCCUGCGGAAUGAGCGUGGAUUGGUGCCGGUGAAAUACUUUGAGAACGUGGGCAAGACGGUGCGCGACAGCGGCGACUCCUCCAAGUCAAUCACGAGUACCACACACGACAGCGGUUAUGCCGAGGGCUCAACCCCUCCCAACGCCACCACCUCUGCGCCGCGAAUGAGCGCAGCCGGCCCGCCUGGCAUGCCCGGCAUGGCCGGACACCGACCGACGAGAUCUCUGACAAAGCAAUCCGGCGGCAUCUACGGCAUCGUGUCAUAUGAUUUCCAUGCUGAGAGGCAAGAUGAGCUGGAUGCGAAAGAGGGUGAGGCCAUUAUCGUAAUCGCACAGUCGAAUCCGGAGUGGUUCGUGGCCAAGCCCAUUACGCGGCUUGGCGGCCCGGGGUUGAUCCCGGUCUCAUUUAUUGAGAUCCGGGAUAUGACAACGGGAAAGGCUGUGGAAGACCCCAUCACGGCAGUACAGGCCGCCGGUAUACCGAGAGUCGAGGAGUGGAAGAAGAUGGCUGCGGAAUAUAAGAACACGAGCAUUCCUCUCGGCACUGUGUCGACUUCUGGAGUGGGCAGCCUGCCACAAGGAAUCGACCGACUCAGCCUGCAGAACGGUCAGGCGAAUGGACAACAACAACAAACACCACCGAGCAACUCCUUUCAAACGCAGCAGCAGCAAAACCUCUUUGCGCCGGUGCGAGCAUCCGUACCGAGGUACGUUUUCGGAGACGAGAAGUUCCAAUUUGUGGUGGAAUGCAAGCUUUCGAACGAGACGCACUGGGACCUGUCCCGUAUAUAUGAGGACUUUUACGAGCUGCAGAUCAAUCUGAUAAAUGCAUUCCCUGAAGAGGCAGGCCAAGUCGCCGGAAAACAGCGGAUACUGCCUUACAUGCCCGGACCCGUCAAGUACGUAACCGAUAACAUCACCGAGGGACGAAGAGCGAAUCUGGACGAGUACUUGCGCGACCUUCUGCGAUUGCCACAGCAUAUUGUGUGCUCUUCGCUGGUUCGAAAUUUCUUCGCACCACGAGAGGGAGAUUAUGAAGUGGAUCCGGCGGCGGCGGUGGACCUGAACGAGCAUGCACGACCUGCACCUUCGAGUGGAAGAGAGCGGUAUUCGGCAGCUUCCUCGCAAGGGUCGUACCAGAAUCAGCCCUUCCAACAGCCUGGACAGCCGAGAGGUCCCCCGAAUGGCGCAUCACACCAGUACAACCAGUCCCAAAGCUCAAGCGGGCCACCUGGUCACCAAAGGGCGCAGCCUUCACAAGCCAGUAACAGUUUCACCUCACAAUCACCACCCAACGCCGGCGGUAUGCCAACAGCGCAAAGGUCUAUGACCAGCACGACCACGGGCUCCAACGGCACGACUGGACCUGUGAAAGUAAAAGCCUGGUUUGACCGAGACACAUGCGUCGUGAUCCGGAUGCCGGCCCGAGGACAAUUCUCAUUUGAAGAUUUGCGCCGCAAGAUUGUGGAAAGGCGAAGGCUGGAAUACAAGGCGCAAGAUCAGAACGACGAGGAGCUCGAUAUAGAAUAUCGGGAUGAGAAGGAUGGCGAGUACUAUCGUCUGGAAGGUGAUGAGGACUUGGAUAUUGCGGUGGAGAGGAACGCAAAACUUACGUUGGCGGUCCGGGCUGCCGAUUCGUAA